CACUUGUUCAUCGCUGCCUGAACACUUCCCCACUCUCGCACCAAAAGCCAUUUUCAAUGUCAUCUAUACCACCGGUAGAUAAUAAAGUCGAAUAUCCCACACUGGCUCUGUCUUUGUGUCGCCGUACUAGUCAUUCAGAGCAUCGCCAAACCCCGUACAGCAAAAGCCUCUCGUCGGCGUGGACGUUAUGGUCCAAGAAGACAGAGUUCCCGGCCACAACGAUGCUACAUACGAUAUCGUGCCAAAGGAAGACCAGCUAUUGAACGUCGAGUUCCUUGAGGUUGCCCCGACGCCUAUCAUCGCCGACCGCGUCUUUUUCGUCUACCUGCGCGGUCGUCUAUCUGGAUCCAAACUGAAGGAACGAGGACUCUUUGAUAAGGGCCUCGUCGGUGCGACGCUCUCUGUGAGCGCCUCUGUUGUCUACCCAGAUGGUAGCUACAUGGAACCAAGGUCCCUUACAAUGCCUUUAAAAACUGUUUCCAUCAACGAUGCAGCUCACUUUCUUAUUCGCGAUUCUAAUGGUAUUCAAAUGGAUUACCUACCCAGUAGCGGCCGCAGUGACAUGUUGCUAGAUUUUCAGAUUCCUGCGAUGUUUUUGAAGAGCGGUAUGUGGACUUUUAGAGUCGACGCCAGGCUCGGAGAUAGAAACAAUUCAUGUCUAUUUGCCAUGUCGUUGACACAAUGGUUGGACGGGGGGCUUUGAGAAAUAGUGUAAUUGGAAUAGUUUGCAGGCUCGAUGUUCUUAUCAUGUAACUUAUACAUGGGCAUUUUACAAAUGGGUCUUUCAGUGCUCUGCUCUGCGCCUGUCUGUCUGGUACUUGGCCUUUCUUCUUGAUCUCUGGGGCCCCGUCUCUUUUCUCUUGGGGGUCUCCCAAGUCCACGGUUUCUUUUUCCCUUUCCUAUCUGGGUACCAAUGAGGCAGCACCCCUAA